GGCAAAACAGCUGGUGCUGAGCAGUGGGUAUCAUACAAAUUCAUGAAAACAAAAAUGAGCUUUUUGGUCUUAAUUUAAGGUUAAGGUUAGGCAUAAGGUUAGCAUUGUAGUUAAGGUUCGGUUUAAAAUCAGAUUUUAAGAAGAUACUUUUUAGAAAUAGGCGGAGUUUAGCCAUACUUAUGAUUUUGUGGCUGUGGUAACUAGGCACGACCGGACCAGAGCAGUGCGGGUAAUGGGGAGAUAACAAUAAACUAAGCAACAUGAAGGCUUCGCUAAACCUGGUUUGGGCAGUUAUUCUCAUAAAACAGGUUGUCGGGGAAUACGGCAUGGCCCAUUUCAGAAACAAAGGCCAGAGCAAAGGAAAAGAUUACUGCAUCUUCUUCAACUCCCAGUGGGCUCGUCUACCUCAGCACCUCAACAAAGCAUCCCGUCUCCAGAUCUAUGACCUGACACCGUCAGUCCUGUGUUCCUCGUCGGACGUCCCGGAGGGGGGCUUCCCCAAUCGUAUCCCCAUGGUAAUGAGGGGGAACUGCACUUUCUACGAGAAGGUCCGCCUGGCCCAGCUCAACGGAGCUAAAGGCCUGCUCAUCAUCAGCAAAGACAGACUGACCCCACCGGCAGGAAACAAGACUCAGUAUGAGAAGAUUGACAUCCCUGUGGCGCUGCUUAGCUACACUGACAUGCUGGACAUCAGUAAGACGUUUGGACCGGGCCAAGAGGUGGCCAUGUACGCCCCGAGCGAGCCUGUCCUGGACUACAACAUGGUCGUCAUCUUCCUCAUGGCUGUGGGGACGGUGGCCAUCGGAGGAUACUGGGCCGGCAGCAAGGACAUCAAGAAGCGCUACAUGAGGCACAAGCGUGACGACAGCGUGGAGAAGCAGGAUGAGACGGUGGACGUGACGCCCAUCAUGAUCUCUGUGUUUGUGGUCAUGUGCUGCUCGAUGCUGGUGCUGCUCUACUUCUUUUACGACCACCUGGUGUAUAUCAUUAUUGGGAUAUUCUGCCUGGCCUCGUCUGUUGGCCUCUACAGCUGUCUCUGGCCCUUUGUGAGGAGACUUCCCUUUGGCAAGUGCAGGAUCCCAGAGAACAACCUUCCCUACUGCCACAAGAGGCCUCAGGUCCGCAUGCUGCUGCUGUCAGCCUUCUGCAUCGGAGUCAGUGUUAUCUGGGGCGUGUUCCGCAACGAAGACCAGUGGGCGUGGGUGUUACAGGAUGCCCUGGGCAUAGCCUUCUGUCUCUACUUGCUCAAGACUAUCAGACUGCCUACAUUUAAGGCCUGCACCAUGCUGUUGGUGACCCUAUUUGUCUACGAUAUUUUCUUUGUAUUUAUCACACCUCUCUUUACCAAGAGUGGUGAGAGUAUAAUGGGGGAGGUUGCGGCUGGCCCCUCUGACUCCUCCACACAUGAGAAGCUUCCUAUGGUGCUUAAAGUGCCCCGCCUCAGCUCCUCCCCCCUGGCUCUGUGUGACAGGCCUUUCUCUCUGCUGGGAUUUGGAGACAUCUUAGUACCAGGUCUGCUGGUAGCCUACUGUCACAGGUUUGACAUCCUCAUGCAGUCCUCACGGUUCUAUUUCCUGGCCUGCACUAUCGGUUAUGGUAUCGGGCUGCUCAUCACCUUUGUAGCUCUGGCACUGAUGCAGAUGGGUCAGCCGGCCCUGUUAUACCUGGUGCCUUGCACCCUCCUCUCCAGCCUGGCGGUGGCACUGUGGCGCAAAGAGCUGCCCUUAUUCUGGACAGGAAGUGGAUUUGUGCCUCCCAUAGUUCUACAACCAAUCAACUGUACGCAAACCCCAGGACCACCCAUAGAGGAGCCCCUCACCAAUCCUGAACUACAAGGUCCUGAAGCAGAGUGAGGACCCUCUUCCUCCCCCACUUCAGGACACACACCUUCCAGAGGCCAGCAAAUCAGAAUAAAGGAUUUCUAGGAUGCCAAUUUCUUAUCCAUUUAGUUUCUGUUCUUUUUUUUUUUACAAAGGUUAUCAAUGGAACUCUAUACAUUAGUAAUGGACAAAAUUAUAAACAUUUCAGUGCACUUGGUGUGUAAAGAGGAUGGAUGAAAGGGAAGAAUGGAUGAGCGGGAGGGAGGGAAAGAGGGCACCCAACCUACAGUGGCUGUUCUUCAUAUCCUUGGGGCGGCAGGAUCAGCCAUGGGAGUCCUGGUAAAUGAGCCAGACGUGACCCAGGCUAAACAACACCGAGGCAGGCAAAGAGCACAAUAUAGCUUCGACCUACGCUGACCUAGUCUCUUGUUACCAUUGUCAUGGAAAUUCUAACCAAAAGGAAGAGACCUGAUUCUUCAAACAACUUAAAAACGGAGCAGUUAAGUCACUCAAUUGUGCAGAUUUAGAGCCCAACGAACAGUUGGGUCUCAGCUUUCAUAUGAAAUUACAACCUCUUGGUGUAUGUGGCAGUUAGCAGAUGUGUGUAAACAGGGGCGUGGAACAGUGUGUAAAAGGCGAUUAGUUUGUCUGUGCAGAUUAAAAUAGCACAAGGGCUUAACCGUUUAACGGCAUUUGCCACAGCUCACACUGCGCUCAUUUCAGCAAGUUUCCACACAGCUGAGUUCCGGGAGAUAUAUAAAACGUGAUGUCGCAUGCUGCGUUUGCACCCAAACGGCUCUUAGCUGUCGACAAGAUUGUAUCAGGGGGGGGAAAACACUAGCAUAUAACAAUAGACACUUCUCUAAGUAAAAAGUAUGUCUAAUUUUCUCACCACACACUAUGCCAAAGUCUUGUUCACUACUCGGCUAUUCCAAUCGAACAUGAGGUAGGCUGGAAAUAAAGGUUUACGCUAAUCAACAGCCCCUGGACCUUCCCAUAUGAGUUAGACCCCUGUGACAUCACUAUAGAUUGCCUACUCUGCCCUGUUCAACCCCAUAUGAUGUGGUAGCCGAUUAUGUUCAUGCAUCUCCCAUGUAGUCAGCCUGAGUCGCAUCCAAUACACAUGACCUGCCCUGCUCAACAUCCCACCCUCAACACCAUCCUGUUCAGUUUGUCUCCCCCACCAAUUCUAUGCAGAAAAGCAUUCAAUAAUUUUUACAUUUUACUCUUUAUUUAACCAGGUGAGUCCCAUUGAAUCUCUUUUUUUUAAGGGAGGCCUGGCAGCCAUUAUAAUCUACACUACUAGAAGGUCAAUAUGUGCAUUCUAAAUUACACCCUGUUCCCUAAAUAGGGCCCUGGUCAAAAGUAGCGCACUGUAUAGGAAAUGGGGUGCGAUUUGGGAUGAUGCCAAUGUGUCCCACCAUUAUAAAUCGGUCGGCUUGUUCCCUUUCUUUUUCUUCUUUAAGUACUAUGAAGAACGAAAGAGCCACACUACGGCCUGUCCGCUGUACAUCAAAGAUGACUGAAGUAUCAGACAUACCCUUUUUCAUGUGGUGCUAUCAUGGAUUCUCAGCUAGCCAAAGGUAUAUGAUAAUGAUUAUUGAUUUAGGGCAUAAAGGGAUACUUUACUAGUGGACUAAAAAGCAAGCUUUGUGGAGAAUCUUCAUGUAAAGUGUUUAUAAAUCCAGAAUAAGAUUUAAUCUGUUUGGGAAAUCUUCCCAAAUAUAUAUAUAUAUAUAUAUUUUUUUUUAUCUUACCUUUGCUUGCUAUGGGUUUGGUUUGAUCCAGGCUGUCUUUUAUAUACAUUUAAGGUUGGAACAAUUAAGGUUGUCCCCACUCUUUUUCCAGUAGAUGGUGUGGUUCCACUUUAUAUUAGGUGUAAAACCCAUGUAUGUGUUUAAUUACAUUGUAGGCAGCUAGGCAAACAUUCUUACAUAGUACUUACAACUUAAACUGUUUACCUAAUUCAUUACACUAACUACUUACCAGUCCGUAACUACGUUAUAAGGAGACUUAAGGGCUCGAUUCAAUCCAUAUCCCCAAAGUUCAGCGCUAUAGCACGAUUGAAAUUGAAAGGCAACGUUCCCGCUGCAUUCAUGGUAAAUGCUGUAUAUAAUGGCUCAAUCUGAAAUUACCUUUAUUUCAAGUCCACAAUAGUGCUGAACUUCAGAAAUCCGGAUUGAAUCAAAUCCCCUAGAUUGACCGAUUUGGUUAAAUAUUCAAUAUUGUCUUAAAUGAUUUUGGCCUUACUUGUAUCCAUGGUUACAAUUUGAAUGUCUCUGUGCAUAUUGCUUUAUGAAGACAGAGUGCUGUGUUAGUUUGUUUCUUAAUUAAACUAUGAUAAGUGAUCAUUUUGAAGUUGUUUGGUGGGUGUCUCAUAAUAAUUACCAACACAUCUCAAUUCUCGAGUGACUUACUCGAUACAUUUGCGCAAUAUUUUUGGAUGCAUCCCAAAUGGUACCCUAUUUCCUAUACAGUCCACUACUUUUGACCAUAGUCUAAACUGGCGGGCCGCACGCCAAUAAAAAAUGUUGUACCUCAGUGUCAACUUACUGCUGACAGUUAGAGUAAUACAAUAUACAAGGAGCAAUUAAAAAAUGUGGCUGUGCAUCAGCAGUCACUCAAUUGGCCCAUGUCAUCUAAAUCUUUCUUAGACUGGUACAUUAGUUUAGCGGACAGCUAUCUAAACUUAUCGUAAGCAUGGUCUAAUUACCGACAGGGUGGAGCCAUUGAUCAUCAGUUAUAUUAACUGCAAACAUGGGGCCUCCUGAGUAGCGCAGCGGUCGAAGGCACUGCAUCGCAGUGCUUGAGGCAUCACUACAGUCCCGGGUUCGAUCCCAGGCUGUGUCACAACCGGCCGUGACCUGGAGUCCCAUAGGGCGGCGCACAAUUGGCCCAGCGUCGUCCAGGUUAGGGGAUGUUUGGCCGGGGGUCUUUUACUUGGCUCAUAGCGCUCUAGCGACUCCUUGUGGCGGGCCGGGCACCUGCAGGCUGACUUCCGGUAGUCAGUUGAAUGGUGUGGGAAAUGUGUAGAAUUACAGGAAAUUAGCUGUAAAACUGCACAUCUUUCCGCCCCAUGGGAAAAUGUGUAGAAUUGCCGCAAACUUGCUUUAAAACGGCAACAUUUUCUCUACGCCACAUGGCAAAAUGGCAGGAAAGGAACGUUAAAACAUACGUUUUUGCUGUCACGGGUGGGUUACUGAAAUGUUUUGGUUGCAAAGUGUGUGUUGGGGGGGUACGCAACCACAGCAGCCCUAAACAAAGAGUCGCAGUCCGUUUUACCUUAGAUUGUAUAAUGUCAUGGUCAAAACAUUGUGAUUCAAGAGUUGUAAAGAUAGGGAGAGGUCUGUCUGCUUUUGACAACACACACAAAGCAAGUCCUGCAGGCUCAAGUUUUAUCUUAACUUGAUUAUUGUCCAGUCAUAUGGUCAAGUGUUGCAAAGAAGGCCCUAGUUAAGCUGCAGCUGGCCCAGAACAGAGCAGCAUGUUUUGCUCAAUUGUAAUUAGAGGGUUAAUAUCAAUCAUAUGUAUGCCGGUCUCUCUUGGCUAAGAGUUGAGGAAAAACUGAAUGCAUCAAUUCUUGUUUUUAUAAGAAACAUGAAUGUGUUAAAUUCCAGAUUGUUUGCAUAGUCCAACUUACACACACUUACCCCACCAGGGGUCUUUUCACAGUCCACGGGUUCAGAACAAAUUCAAGGAAACGUACAGUAUUAUACAGAGCCAUGAUUGCAUGGAACUCACUUCCAUCUCAUAUAGCGCAAGUCAGCAACAAACUUGGUUUAAAAAAAACAAAAAGCAACGCCUCUCCAUGUGACCUACUUUGUAUGUACUGAUAUGAAAUGUGUAACUGAUAGAUGCAAGCAAACAUGUUCAUGUUUUUAAAUUUCAAUUGUAAAGUAUUUUGUCUGUACCGUCUUGGACCCCAGGAAGACUAGCUGUCGCAAUUGGCAUCGGCUAAUGGGGAUCCUAAUAAAAAUCACUAUUUCUGUUUUA